CCUUUGACCUUGCGGUUUAUUUAUAGUCUGUGGAUGCAUGACGAAUCGGAUACAGAUACGUUUCAACUCAAAACACAAAGAAAUUUCAUAGCUCAUAUAAUCACAUAUGCCUGCUGUCGCGAUCUUUCAUCGCUUCGCACUUCGGUCCAACCCUUUCAAUGCGAAACGCAGCGGUCAAAGUGACACACAGCCCUGUGCGUUGUCAAGGCGCCACUGGCUGUCACUACAGAACGUCAGCAGAACGGAAGAACGAGGGAAAAAAGAAAAAAAAAGAUUCUGACGACUGGAGGUGUGAACGAAAACGUGCGGCUAUUAAAAUUUGCUAAACUAACAGUUUACUUAUAUAUCUAUACACGAAUAGUUACUAAAAUUAUUAAAAAUUGGAACACUAAAUAAAACUAAGUGAAAAAUUAAAAGCAUAAUUAAAAUUGUGAAGCUAAAACUAACGAUCUAAUAGUACGGUCCUAAGUACGGUCUAAAAACGAGCUGCUGCCCGAAUGUCUACGGGAGAAUUCAACAAAUAAUUAACGAAAACAGAACCGGAAACAAUAUUGUCACUGAUUGCCUAGGAAAACGAGUUAAAAAAGAGGCAUUAAACGAAUUUUUUAACGUUACGUUGCGUACGCUACAAUCUACAAAAUAUACGUUAUCAAAUCGGAAAAAACUGUCUUUCUCGUUGCAUUUGCAACAUUUUAAAAAAUUCGUUUAGUCGCGAUCGGGGCGAGCUUAAAUAUGCCGAGAGAUAGUCGAGCUAAAGGGCCUAAGCCGGGUGUGAGUUGGGGAGAGUGCAAUGAUCCGGAUAAUAGUCAAAUGGUGUGCUGCGACGAAUGUUGCCGAUGGUUUCAUUUUAAGUGCGUAGGUGUCGAUGAAGGAAUCGAAGACGUAGACUGGAGUUGUUCGUCGUGCGAAGCGGAGCGUACAUCCCAGGACGCAUCGGUCCCCACUACGAUACCUGCACCGGGUGGAGCGGACAAAAAAUCGUCAAGCAACCAACAACAACAGAGCUUGCAACUUCAACAGUUGCAAAGAAUGAUGGAUCAAAUGCACAGUAGGUUCGAAGGACAACAACAAGCGUACGAAAAAUUGCUACAAGAAAAGGACCAAGAGAUGCAGAAUGCAGUAAGUGACCUGCGCCAAUUCCAGAUUCGAUUAAGGGAAAAAGAGCAACAGGUCCGAGAGGAGUUGAAGGCUCAGACUGUCGUACCUCCACCAAAUGCGAAUUCAACUGCAGUAGAAAGUGGAAACCAUGUAGCUGCAGAUAUGUGCAAGGCGGUCGAACGAAUGGAGAAACAGCUUCAGGAGAUGGCAAAUAGACAGGAUUCCGUAGCCAAAAGUUUAGAUGAACGUUUGAGGACGAUAGAAGUGUCUCGUCAUGCUUAGGUACUAAGCAACCGCAGUAAUCUAAACGUCAAUGCGUAUCCUUUCGACCCGAACCAACGUUCGGAUUUGUCUCAUGAGCUGAGCGGAAGUCAACUUGCUGCGCGCCAUGCAGUGGCAAAAGAGCUCCCGAUCUUCACUGGUAAUCCUGAGGAGUGGCCUCUGUUUAUUGCCUCGUAUGAAAGUACCACCAGAAUGUGUGGCUACAGUAACGAGGAGAAUCUGCUGCGACUCCAACGUUGUUUAAGAGGAAAGGCACUCGAAGCAGUACGUAGUCGUUUGUUAUAUCCAGCGGGGCUUGAAGGCGUUAUAAACACAUUGCGAACGCUAUUCGGCAGGCCGGAAGUAAUCGUCUACUCUUUGGUAUGCAAAAUUCGGGAAAUGUCAUCGCCGAAGACCGAGAAACUCGGAACUUUAAUCGAUUUCGGAGUCGCAGUACAGAAUAUGUGUGCCACAAUUGUAGCCUGUGGGUUGAAUGAUCAUCUUUGUAACGUGGCACUCCUUCAAGAACUUGUCGAGAGACUACCACCAUCUAUCAAACUGGACUGGGCGAGACGACGCCAAACAUUGAAUGCAGUUACGCUAGCGGAUUUCAGUGACUGGCUCGGUGAGCUGGUUGAAGCAGCUUGCGUGGUUUCAGUCCCGUCAUCAAUUGGCACUUUCAUUGGAAAACCUGAGAGACGUGGUCGUAAGGAAGAGGUAUGUGUACACCUUGAAUCUAGUUCGAGCUCAGCGUCCAACACAGGGACCCCCUACAGCCAAACGGCGAAACCGGCAAAUAAACAAUGCGUCAUCUGUCACAGUGUGUGCAGUAAGGUGGAGAACUGUAAAAAGUUUCUGGCAUUUGAUGUGGGAGCCAGAUGGACAGCAUUGAAGGAAAAUAAACUAUGCCGGAAGUGUUUGACGAAGCAUUUUGGAGCGUGUGCGAUUAAACAAGUUUGCGGCAGAAACGGUUGUUCUUAUCUGCACCACAAGCUGUUACACGAUGACUCUAGAUACCAGCGGAAUGCAAAUUCUCCACCAUCAACUUCAUUAGAUGCCACGAAAAAUAAUACCGCAAGCUGCAAUACUCAUGUCAGUAAGACCUCUGAGAUUCUUUUCAGAUACGCUCCGAUAGUCGUUUAUGGAAGGGGAAAAUCUGUUCACACUUUCGCUUUCUUGGAUAAAGGCUCGUCAGUAACUUUAAUGGAGCACGGCCUUUUGGAAGAGCUGGGAAUCGAAGGCGAAUCAUAUCCGUUAUGUCUGGGAUGGACAGCGAAUCAACAACGGCAAGAAGCUAAUUCCGUAAAACUUGCGUUGGAGAUUUCUGGAGCGCAAAACACGAGGAGGUAUUGGAUUCCGAAGGUGCAUACUGUUGAAAAUCUUGCUCUACCGCGACAAACUUUGAAAAUGAACGAACUGGUACACCGAUACGAUUAUUUGACGGAUUUACCAACUGACUCAUAUCAGAACGUUCAACCAAGGAUACUCAUCGGAGUAGAUAACUGCUACCUGGGACAUGCGCUGGAUAGCAGAGAGGGAAUGAUACAUGGACCGAUUGCUGCUAGAACACGUCUAGGUUGGAUAAUCUUUGGACCGUUGUCGACAGCUGCUCCAGCGGUAUCGGACUCUCUGGCGUGUAAUAACCUCCAUAUAUGCGAGUGCUGUGAGCGAAAGGAUGCAGAACUACAUAACACGGUAAAAGCAUAUUUUUCGUUAGACAGUCUCGGAGUUGCGCGUUUUACCAAGCCACUUUUAUCAAAAGACGAUGAUCGAGCGGUACGUUUGCUGGAAUCGUCGACCCAGGUGAAAGGUAGGCGAUAUGAAACUGGAUUACUCUGGCGUUACGACAAUGCUCAACUACCGGACAGUAAACCAAUGGCAAUGAAGCGGUUGAUGUGCUUAGAGAAGCGUAUGCAAAGAGAACCCGAACUGGCACGAGUUUUGAAGGAGAAGAUAAACGAUUAUCAGCGAAACGGAUACAUCGGGAAGUUGACAAAGACUCAACUGUCCGAGGAAUUCCCGCGUGUCUGGUAUCUCCCAAUAUUUCCCGUGGUUAACCCAAACAAGCCUGGAAAGCUUCGCAUAGUCUGGGAUGCGGCUGCAAAGGUGGCUGGAACUUCGCUGAAUUCAUUUUUACUCAGUGGUCCGGACCAACUUACUUCUCUUCCGUCUGUGUUACACCGUUUCCGGGAGUUCCGAAUUGCUGUUACGGGUGAUAUCCGCGAGAUGUUCCACCAGGUGUUGGUGAACAGAAUCGACCAGCAAUGCCAAAGAUUCCUAUGGCGAUCAAUCCCGAAGUCCAGAUGUCUACGCGAUGAAACUUAUGACGUUCGGGGCUACGUGCUCACCUAG